AUGGGCAGUGGCGCAUCCUCGUCAAAAAAGGCCGGGAAGACCAACAAGAAAACUGGCAAGAAGGAUGACGAUGACAUAUUAGCUGCCAGCGGCAACGCUGACAUGACGCUCGUGCCCGGUGGCAAAGACGCCGCGUGCUCGCUGUUCUGGCGGAUGGGGAAGCACGAAAUAUGCCUUCUGUAUGUCUCGCCCGUGAGGGAGGAGGAGGAGAAAGAGGAGGGCGCGCCUCAAGAGCCAAAAGAGCAAGAGACAGCGAAGGAGGUGGAUGAGAAGCAGGACGGAUGUGAACAGCAGGAACAAAAGCCCGAGGAAGAUGGGCAACAUGGGCAGAAGAAGGCGGAGGCCCCCAAGCCGGUGCAGUGGACACUCUACAAUGACAGCCAGGGCCGCACUCUUAACGUCGUCGUGACUUUCCUCAGCGGCUUGGAAAAGAUACGAGGUCUCAGUGAAGAUGUCACGACUGAGUGCACUGAGAGCGGUGGCGUGCGCGCUACGGUGCAUGUGGGGCCGAGGCAGACAGUGCCGUUCGUGUCCGGCCCCAUUGGCGGCUACUUGGUGAAAUGCCUGGCGACGAAAGCCGAAUGA